AUGCCCUCUUCGAUCGCAUCGAGCCCUGCGUCUGGCUCAAUAUCACCCGCCAAACCAUCACCAAUAGCCGCAACAAGCGCAACUACGCCGCAACGUCGUAUCUCGAGCGACGACACCCAACUCACAGCUGGGAGCUCGCGCAAUCCAGAUAGCUUCCAACAGGCCGGCGCACCUGCUCCCUUGGCUGGCAAAAGGUCACGCUCCGGCUGCCUCACCUGUCGAAAGCGCAAGAAAAAAUGCGACGAGACUCUGUGCGAAGAGACGGGUGGUUGCUGGCGAUGUCGCAAUGCAGGCUACCAGUGCGAAGGCUUUCGAAGACCGCCGGUCGUCUUUGAGCCCGGCUCUGCAUUAACAUUCAACCGCAAACGCACAAAGACGUCACCUGCUCCUGAAUCGCUCAACCGCCACAUCAAGACCGAGGUUGUCGACUCGAAUGGUCAUGUCAAUGGAUCUGUAGAAGCGCACUCGAAUGCUCUUGCAUCUGCAUCCCACCACGCGGCCAUCAGUCCGGUCGAUCAGGAAAGCUUGGUCAUGGCCAACAGCCUCGCCGAAUUUGCUGGCCUUGCUACGAGUUCAGUCAAUUGGCCGCUUGCCAGUGGCGUUUCGCAAACCACACCCAAAGGCGACAGAUCCGCAUCCAGUAACAUACCCGGUUCAUACUCGUCGUCCUUCAUACAGCCUUCGGCUGGCUCCCAGCGGUCAGCACAGCACACGCCGCAGCCGCUUCCAUCUUCGAUGUCACUGCAGUCUUCAACUGUGCCAUGCGAGAUUGUUGGAGAUUGCCUCUUUUCCGGCCAUCACUUAUGUGCGUCAUGCAGUGCUGUCGCCAGUCGACUUAUGCAGCCGGAUCCAGCACAGCUCGCAGCGCUCGAUGCCGACUUGGUGCAGGUGCAGCCCAUGCCUAGCCUCUACACUCCCAUGGGAUCGCGGCAGCAGUCGCCGGCGGCCUCAGAUGCACCUGCAGACAAUGCCAAAUCCAAACUCGUCAUGGAGAGCCUGAUCGGCUACUACAGCACGCUCAUCACGUGUUGGGUGCAAGGGUGUGAUGUUCGCGGUAUCGAGGCGUCGACGCUGUUUCGCCGCCUGGUGCCGUAUCUGUUGGAAAGCGUAGAUCGGCAUCCUCCGUUGCGCUUGUCGAUCGCAGCUGUGACGGCGGGCUAUGUGGGUGGGGCUCGGCUCACGUGGCCGAAGGAUGUGGUGGCGAUCCAUCAGUGGGCCAACACACUGCGUGCCGAUCGCACGUCGAUUGCGGACUGCGUCAAGGCCAAUCUCAGCUUCACGUUCUCCAGCACGCCCGACACGUUGUGGUCCGUCUCGCCUGGCGCAAGCCUCUCGUCCGAGCCGCACGCUGGCAAUGUGACCGCUCUCUCGCCCGCCAACGCAGAGAGGCUGCGGCGGGCGUCCACCACCCAUGCCACGUUGGACGACCUGCUGGUGGGACAGGCGCAGACGCUCAAGCAGCUCGCUCUGCGCUCGCUCGAGCAGGCAGUGACGGACUAUCGUGCAAAGACGACCCGAGCUGCCGGCGUCAGUUUCACCGAAAAGGGAUUCUUGGCGGAAUGCGGCAACGUCAACCCGCUGCUCAUGACUGCGCUCAACAUUGCGAUCUACUCGUUUGCCGAGGAGGGGAUGCAGAGCUACUUUGAAGAAGCAACCAGGAUGCGUGGCUUGAUCGAUACGCUGCUGGGAUCUUUCCCGCCAGUGAAUCUGUCCAAGCUGACUUCGCACGAGCAUCUGGGAUUCCGCACGUAUGUGUGGUCGGAUGUGACGACGGCGAUUGCGUGUGGAACAAGGCCGCAUCUGCAGUUGUCGCUGUCGACGUAUGUGGACGACGGGGCUGCCGAUGCGACCAGUGCUCACGGUGAUGGAGUCUCGGAAGGGCAAGCGCAGGAUCAGACGUUUAUCCUGAACGAUAGCAUGCUCGCCGCGCUGUCGGACAUCGCGCGGCUGCGGUACGACUUUGACGGAGGCGAUUUCGCCGCCACGGCACGCCGAUUGCCAGGCUCGCCGGUGCCACACUGGGUGCACGAACGCGCGAAACGCAUCCAGGCGCGUGUCGAGAAGUGCAAGAUCGAAGGACCGCUGACGACGGGCUCGGCGAUCUGCGCAAUGAUGACCAAGAGCGCGUGCGUGAUCCUGAUGCACACGCUCAUCUAUCGGGUCGGUGCGCUGCAUCCUGUGGUGCGAGGGCUGCUGCGGGGCAUGUUGGAGCUGUGGACCAGUGCGGGCGAGCAAUACUGCCGGAGCGUGGGGUGCAGCAACUUUAACCUGCCCAUGUUUGUGGCGAGCAGUGUGGCGGUGGACGAGGAGGACAGAAGGGUGUGUGAGCAGGCGAUGCAGAUUGUCGGGCACGAAGAGGCUGGGCCUGCUAGUGGCAGGGAGUUGAUCAAGGAGGUUUGGAGGAGGACCGAUGUGCAGGGCACUCCGUGCUUUUGGUACGAUCUGAUUGCGGGUGGUGACUAUGCUGUUGCAUUCUUCUAG